AUGGCCAUGCCCUACGACGACAUGAGCGGUUCGCGCUACCUCUCUUCGUCCAUCUCGUCGCUAUCCGCGUCCCGGCAGCAGUCCUCCCAAAUCGCCAAAGCCUAUCGCCAGGCAGCCCAGCUGUUCCUCACGCGACGACUACCAGAAGCCCUCUCAACGAUUGAGCCCAUCAUUACUCCACCGCAGCACGAAGAAUCCAAUGGCAAUGGCUACAGCGGCGACCUCGUGGGCUAUGCUCCCGUUGCCAACGCGUCACGGGGCACACGGGUGAAGGUGUGGAGCUUCUAUCUCACCUUCCUCAAUUCCGUCGUGGAGCUGGGUGCAGAAGAGGGCAAGCACGCAUUUGGAAGCACCAGGUGGAAGCAAUUGGUGUCCAAGUGCCGCGAUGGCAGCGUCUGGGAUGACGUGGUGCGAGACGGCUAUGCCGGAGUCGAGGGCGACGUGGAUGCCGAUGUCGUGGUCAAUCUAGCGACGCUACUCCUUACGCACUCGCCGUCCCAACGCCUGAACCAGCAGAAGCUCGAGACGUACCUGUCCGCGACCGCUACCCCCACCUUCGACAUUUCCUCGCACAUGUCCUCUCCCUCGUACUUGCAGCGCCGACCGAGCCAGCGCAGCAACCACAAUGGCACAGAUACGCCGCGAGACCUGAACACCCGCAUCAAGCUCCUCGAACUCUACACCCUCCAUGUCUUGCCAAGGAACGAGGAAUGGGAUUAUGCCAGGGAAUUUAUUAGCAUGUCAGAAAUCCUGGACGAUGAGCGCAAGGAAGCCUUCUUGCUGGCCCUGCACUCUCUUAAAGACGAAAAGGAAGACGCCGAGGCCAGAGAAGAAAAGCUCCGCCAACAGCAACAGGAGCAAAUGGAAGAGCGCCGCAAAGAGACCGAGGCCCACCGACUGGAGCAAUCACGCGCAGAAGACGAGCGGCGAAAGCGGGAAGAAGAGAACAGGAGGCAGCCCAGGGGCUCAGACGAGCGCUUCCGGCAACCUCAGCCCACACCGCCAUCACAGUCAUCUCGCACAUCACGACAGCCUGUAAAGAAACCGAUUACUCCGCCCCCUGGCUUCUACAACCGCGCCUCUACACUCUUUGGGUCAAUCCAGGCGAUGGUCUCGAAUACCGCACACCAAAUGUCAGCGAACCCCAUGGCUUUCUUCCGAACCAUACUGUUCCUGCUUGCCUUUGCCCUGGCGUUUGGUCGGCGAGACUUGCGAGAACGUAUAUUGCGUGUCAUACGAAAUGGGUGGGACAAGAUGCGUCGCACGGUUGGUAUGGGCGUCAAGGUCUCGUAUAUUUGA